GCUACAUCUAUUCUACCCGUCUCAAAUUCACCCAACCCAACCCGACCCCACCUCACCUUUUUUGUCUUGAUCCCUGAAUAGAAGAACAACCCAUUUCAGGCUGUCCGUUUUCUUUUAAGAAUUUUAAUAAUUUGAUCGGUUUGAGGUGAAUAUUCAGCUUUUCUUGAUGCCCUUAUUGCAAAUCUUGAUUAUUCUCCACUUUUUGAGUUGCAGCUGGUUUCUUGGAAAAUAAAGUGCUGUUGGAUUGAAUGAAGUAAUUGCGCUCAAUCCACCCUUGAGGGCAUUCUUGUUCUUUGGUAUCAUCGAAAAGGUCCAAUCUUUCUUAUCUGGUGAUCUUUUAGAUGGAUUUCAAUACAGAUUCAACUCCACAUUUGAGCUUAUUUGCAGCCUUGUCGUAUGGAGCUGCAUCAAUGGGAAUGGUUUUUAUCAAUAAAGCAGUGCUCAUGCAGUACGCACACUCAAUGACUCUUCUUGCUCUUCAGCAAUUGAUGACAACUUUGCUUAUACGCUUUGGUAGAGUAAUGGGAUAUACAAAAGCCAGAGGAUUUGAUGUAGAGGCAGCCAAAAAGCUUUUACUAGUUUCCUUCUUCUACAAUGCUAAUGUUGCCUUUGCACUAGCAAGCUUGAAAGGAGUAAAUAUUCCAAUGUACAUAGCCAUCAAAAGGCUUACGCCGCUAACUGUACUUAUAGCUGGAUUCUUUUUUGGAAAGGGGAGGCCAACAACUCAGGUCAGUCUGUCUGUAAUCCUGACAGCUGUAGGGGUUCUGAUAGCAGCACUUGGAGAUUUUUCCUUUGAUCUUUUCGGCUAUAGCAUGGCCUUUACUUCUGUGUUUUUCCAGACCAUGUACCUCGUGUUGGUAGAGAAAUCAGGAGCUGAGGAUGGGCUUUCCUCAGUUGAAAUCAUGUUUUAUAACAGUGUUCUGUCGUUACCCUUUCUUCUAUUCCUUAUCAUAGCCACUGGAGAAUUUCCAAAUUCCAUGGCAGUACUCUUCACAAAGAGUAGCUCGCUUUCAUUUUCAGUUAUUCUUCUCCUUUCCUUGGUGAUGGGAAUAAUUCUGAACUACACAAUGUUCUUGUGCACAAUCGUCAACUCUGCUUUAACCACUACCAUAGUCGGCGUUCUCAAGGGAGUUGGUUCGACAACCCUCGGCUUCAUCUUACUGGGAGGAGUAGAAGUGCAUGCUUUGAAUGUCAUUGGACUAGUAAUCAAUACUGUCGGUGGCAUAUGGUAUUCAUCCUCAAAAUAUCAGGAGAAGAAAAAUAAGUUGCCUAAGCUGACAACGGAUAUGGUAGCGCAUCGCAAAUGAGAUUCUUCAUUUGUUCAAGAAGCUCAUUUUCUAACAGCAGCAAUUACAUGGAAGUUUUGUUCGUUCACAAAUUUAAGGCAUUCGUUGAUUACUGGAAAGUAUACUUCAUCAGAAGUACUGGAAUGAGGUCUUGACUAUUCAAAACUUUGAAAAAUAAUGGCAAAACAGAGAAUGCAAACAACUUGAAAUCUUGGAAGGAGCUUCAGAGAGCUGAGGGGUCACAAAAUAUUUUGUGGGCUUUUGGUUUUCAUCUGUGUUUAGUACAGCAAACUUGGAACUGCUUUCCUAUGGUCAGAAAUUCUGCUCUAAUUCCUGCGAAUGGACUCCAGAUUUCUGACAGACCACCUGUAGAAUUGUUGGCAUAUUGCAUUAAAUCUUUGAUGAUUUUCCUUGAGGUGGGGCUCUUUUAUUUGGCAUCUGACUUGUUCAUGUGGCUCUUGUGCAUGUUAGAAUCUGGUUCUUGUCUCUGCAAAUGAAUAAAUGCAUACCACAUAGUACAAGUUAUGGGCCCCUUUUGCUGCUGUAUGAUAACUCAUUUCUUUCAACAGCUGAGAUAUAUGCGGGCACAGGACAACCAGAGACUAGAAAUUCAAGAAUAGAUU